AUGGAAAUCUACAGGGUAGAUAAUUCUUGGAUAGUAUUGAGGGAUAAACUUCACCCCUCUGAAGGAACAAGUGUUAAGUCAGCUGAAAAUGUUCCUUCAACUUCAUUGGUAACUAAAAUAAGGAAGAACUCUCAAUCCUCUUCAAAAUCCGAUGCAAAAAAGGCCAAAACAGCUUUUACAAAAGUUUACAAAUAUGUAAGAAGAGGAAAAAAGAUUCAAGAAGAGCCAAAGGAGAUGCAAGAAGAACUCCCUAUCACUCCACAAGAACCAAAAGUUCCUGCUUCUGAACUUGCUGAUGUAGCAGAUGUUAAGAAAGAUGUGAAACAACAUAGUGGAAUAGGAAUUUCGGAUGAAGGAUCUACAAUUUUAUCCGCUAGAAGAGCAAAAAUUGCAGCUAGAAAAAAGUUUAUCAGAACUGAAUUAGCUCCUACUUCUCAACCUGACAAAGUCACAGUUGAUGAAAAGAAAGACGAUAAGCGCCCCCGGCUUGAAACAUCCACUGAGACUCCAAAAAUCAGAUUUAAGCUCUAUAAUGCUGCUAGCCGCGAUUUGACAACACUUUGUACUAAAGCCUUAUCACGGAACAAUAGCUCGCAAAAUUCGUCAAAACCAGAAUCAUCUAGUCAGAAAAUAGUGUUCAGGAAUAUUUCAAGGGACACUGAAUCAAGGAAAGGAAAAGCUGCUGUGUGCGAGCCAUUGAAUUUGUCGGUGGAAACUACAAACAAAAACAAGUCUCCUAGUAACUCCACCGUGCAAGAAAAUGGUGACAUCCCAAUGCUUGUGGACUCUAGUGACAAUGACUCUCAUCAUGUGUCUAAGUUAACAGAAGCAGAAGGUGAUCAAAUUGAAUCUAUUCCUCCAAAAUCGACUUCCUUGAAGAUUAAGCUUAAAAGCGUGGCCAACCAAGAAAAGAGAGUAAAGUUCUCUGAGGACUUGAAUCUCCCAGCCCUAGCUGAAAAUGAAAGCAAGAAAGAUUGUAAUCCUAUCUGGUUCUCCUUGGUUGCUUCCAAAGAGCAGGAUGUUGGUGCACUGCCACAAAUAUCUUCUCCCUACAUAAUGGUCAGAUUCCUCUUAACCAAUCUUCACAUUAUUUAUAGGAAUGGAAGUUUACCUGUUUCUCAUAUCAAAAAGCACCUUGUGCAGAAGCUUGAUCUUGCUAGUGAAGCUGAGGUAGAGAUCUUAUUAAGAGGUAAGCCAGUUUUAUGUUCAAUGCAGCUGCAAAACUUAGUGGAGAUGUGGUUGGAAACAAUGCCAAAGAAUGAAAGGAUUCAGACAUCUGUUGGAAGCUCAGCUAAGGAUUUUGUCAUGGUCCUUUCGUACGGUCGAAAGGCUCCAUGA